UAAAACCCUCCCUCGGACUGUUACCUCUUAUCAUUUCUCAAAGUCCUAAAACCCUAAAACCCCAAAACCCUUUCAUUCUCUAAUAACUUUCAUAGAAUCCCCAAACACAAAGAUGACGAGCAUAAUACUGAGAAGAUCAACUUCUCGAUUGCCAAAGGGAGCUCUAGCCUCCUUUGAAAUGCUUCUGCACCAUCAUUUCUCAUCAGCGGCGGCGGCGAUUGUGACAAGAAAUGGAGGGCUUUCUAUCGAGAAGAAUAAACCGGAAAGCCUCUUUUGUGGUUUUAGUAAUAUUAGUAAUAAUAACAGCAACAAAUGGAGAGGAAUUCAUGUGAAAUCAGGGCCGUUGGAUUUUAAGGCGUCGUUGAUGUCACAGGCAGAGUUUGCUGCUGUAGAUGAUUAUGGGUAUGAGGAAGAAAAAGGUGGUUUUGGAAAAGGGAAUAAUGAUAUUAAUAGUGAUGAAGAGGGACUUGAGAUCGGAAAACUUGGAAUUGCUCAAGAAAUUGUCUCUGCUUUAGCUCGUAGGGGUAUCACCAAACUCUUUCCUAUUCAGAAAGCUGUUUUGGAACCAGCAAUGCAAGGAAGGGACUUGUUUGGACGGGCUAGAACAGGAACAGGAAAGACACUUGCUUUUGGAAUUCCCAUCCUUGACAAAAUCAUUCAGUUCAAUGCUAAGCAUGGAAGAGGGAGGAACCCUUUGGCCCUGGUUAUGGCUCCAACAAGAGAACUUGCACGACAAGUUGAGAAGGAGUUUCACGAAUCCGCACCCAGCCUCGAUACCAUAUGCCUAUAUGGGGGUACACCUAUUUCUCGCCAAAUGAAGGAGCUUGAUUAUGGCGUUGAUGUUGUUGUUGGAACACCUGGCCGUAUUAUUGAUCUGAUGAAGCGAGGUUCUUUGAAUUUAUCAGAAAUUCAGUUUGUUGUUCUUGAUGAAGCUGAUCAGAUGCUUGGUGUGGGGUUUGUGGAUGAUAUUGAAACAAUCUUCCAGAGAUUGCCGAAGAAUCGGCACAGCAUGCUGUUCUCUGCAACAAUGCCAAGUUGGAUUAAAAACCUCGUUAGGAAUUAUUUGAAAGAUCCGCUGACUAUUGAUCUAGUUGGAGAUUCAGAUAAGAAGCUGGCUGAUGGGAUCACUCUCUAUUCAAUUUCCUCAGACAUGUAUGGAAAAGCAUCAAUACUUGGUCCUCUGAUAACAGAACAUGCAAAAGGAGGAAAGUGCAUUGUUUUUACUGAAACAAAACGUGACGCUGAUCGAUUAGCAAAUGCUAUGGCAAGAAACUUUCGAUGUGAGGCUUUACAUGGGGAUAUUUCGCAGAGUCAAAGAGAGAGAACACUUUCAGGCUUCCGAAGUGGAUCCUUCAAUAUAUUAGUUGCCACUGAUGUUGCAGCUCGUGGCCUUGAUGUACCUAACGUUGAUCUGGUAAUACAUUAUGCUUUGCCCAACUGUUCAGAGACUUUUGUUCAUCGAUCUGGCCGUACUGGUCGUGCUGGGAAGAAAGGAACUGCAAUUCUUGUUUAUACACCGGAUCAAACUAGGCAAGUGAAGAUCUAUGAGCGCGAAAUCGGCUGCAGAUUCACAGAGCUUCCUAGGAUCACUGUUGAGGGUGGAGGCAUGGACAUGAUUGACAUGGGUAAUGGCGGCCGAUUCGGAGGAUCAAGAGAUCGUCGAUUUGGUGAUACAGGUUUUGGUCGAGCUGGGGGUGGGGAUUAUGGAUCUGGCCGUUUCGGAGGAAAUAGGAGUGGUGGAUUUGGCCGUUCUGAAAGUCGUGGUCAAUUUUCCAGUCAAAUGAAUGGAUCUAAUCGCAUUGGUUAUAACAGAAACCAAGCAGGGAGUACUAGUGGUCCUGGCUUUGGUCAUUUUGGCAGUUCAGGUGAAUCAGGUAGAUCAGAUCGUUCAAGCCCUUUUGGAGACUUUGGUUCUGGUCGGUCUGCUGGGUUUGGCAACAGUAAUCCAAGCCGAAGUAGUGAGUUAUUUAGUGAUUCUCGUUCUAGUCGAUUUGGGAGCAUCGGAGAUGGGAGAAAACAGUUCUGACUAAAUAAAGUGUUAUAAUGGCAUUAAUUGGCCGGGAGGCAGAAAUGGGCACGAGUAUGAUACAGAAUGGUACGCUAGAAGGGCUGCACAGCCGUUGGAGCAUUCCACACCCAGAGGAAAUUGCUGGUGUUUCUUAUCACUUUACAAUGCUGAAUUUUCUGAUAUUUUGCUGUUUAUAUUAGUAUUCAUUAUCUGCUUAAAGAAAAAUUAUAUGUAGCGCUUAUGAUCAUUAUAUGAGGGGAAAAUAAGCUCAUUAUUUCCAGAUCUUGAGAUGAUGCAUGUUCUGAAAUGUAAUCUAUUUAGUUCAGGUGAUGUUAUGCAUAUUGAUGUAAUAUGAUCCUAAAUGUACGACUAACUAGUGCAAUAUGAAGACCUAAAGUUAUGGAUAGUA